AUGAUUUGUCUAUUCUUAUUUAUAUUUUUCCUGACAAAAUCUGUUGAUUUCUAUCAUGUUUAUGAUAGAGAAUCAGAUACGCUUACAGUUGUUUAUGAGAGAAAAUGUGGGUCAAGUGGAAGGAAAGCUAUCCAGGUUGGAGAUUUAUUGAGGAUUGAAACCACUACAAGAAUAUCUAUAACUACAACAGAAGAUCGAACUCAAUUCGAAUGCCAAGAUAAAAAUUGGACAUUGGAGAAACGUGAUGGCUAUAAUUGGUGCUGGCAAAUAUUUUGGAAAACUUCAAAAUACAAAGAAGCAUCUGAAAAUUGUUUGAAUCUUGAUAAUGCGUUUUUGAGUGGAAUUCAAAAUGAGAUUGAAGGGGGUCAUAUGGCUGACAAGUUUUCGAAAAAAAUUUCAAGAGAAGUUGGCUGA